AAAGCGAGUAGAGCCAAGUUCAUACUCUUUUAGUUUAUCUUUGUUCGGCUCUCUUUAUAGCUCUUGAAAGCAGGGAGUGCGAGACCCGCCGGCUCUUUACUGGCUGUUUUCAAGACCUAAGUUUCCCUCCCACCCUAGUCGCCGAAGAUGAAGCUCGUCAGGUUUCUGAUGAAGCUGAACAACGAGACUGUCUCCAUCGAGCUUAAGAACGGAACUGUUGUUCAUGGCACCAUCACAGGAGUCGAUAUUAGCAUGAAUACACAUUUGAAGACUGUAAAACUGACACUCAAGGGAAAGAAUCCAGUAACACUUGAUCACCUUAGCGUGCGAGGUAACAACAUCCGAUAUUAUAUUCUUCCAGACAGUAUAAACCUUGAGACUUUACUGGUGGAGGAGACACCUAGGGUCAAGCCCAAGAAGCCAACUACUGGGAGACCUUUGGGACGUGGCAGAGGUCGUGGCCGUGGACGUGGACGUGGCAGGGGACGCUAGUAGCAAUGCACUCCCAUUUUUUGGAACUAGUCUCUCAUGUAGCUUAGUUGUUACUACUCUGGUUUUGAGCAUGAAUGGUUUUGAGCAUGAAUUAUCUGUCGACCUUCUGGUUUGGACUUGCCUCGGACAUACUGUCAUUUUUUUUUUCUUUUUUGGGUUUAUAUGGUUUGUAUAUUGGCAUCCUUUCCUUAUCUGAAACCAGUGGUAACAUGGCUAGCUAGUCUCUGACAGUGCCUAUUUUGCAGCAUUUCAAUGAUUGCUCUUGUGAUAUUCAGCAGAGAUGAGGAAACCUUGUUAGAUACGGA